CCUUCCAGCGCGGAAGCCCGGCUCCUUCCCUGCCUUCUUCCCGGUUCAGAUGGGGCUCCUGGGAGGGAAGCGGCGUCGGCGGGGCAUCUGGGUCCCCGCCCGCUUCCUUCUGCCGCUUCUCCUCCUGCUUCCUGCUUCCAAGGCGGGCGCCCCACCUUCCUCGGCCUCUCCAGCCUCGCCCCGCAGCCCCGACAUGGAGCGCCAGGAGGAGGAGAUCCCGCCGGGCAACUUCCCGGCCACCCGGGCUGCCCGCCUGCUCGCCCACUACAUCACCGCCCAGCGGGGCAGCCCCAGCCGCCUCUUCCAGGUGCCCACGGUGCUCCAGGCGAGGAGAGAGCACAUUCCAGGAGUUGGAAAUAAAUACCACCUGAAGGUUUCACUGGAAGAGGCUCUUCAGAAAAGUAAUGCUGUGAACUGCACGGCUGAGAUUCUUUAUCAUCACAGUGACCCACAUGUUGCUGCAGAAGUGCAUUACACUGUGGAAGGGGAGCUUGAGAUCAAUACAGAGGAAGCAGAUAACAAGUUUUACAACAAGAUCAAGAAUCUUUCUGAACCACUAGAGGCACAAAAAAUCCCAGACAAUUAUGGAAAUAUGGUUGCAGAAAUGGAGCCUGUUCGGCAUUUAGCCCUCGUUGCCUGUGCAUAUGUAAUAUGGCAGAUUUCCACAGAAGAUACAUUGUACAACUUGGCACAAAUUGAAAGUGUCAAGCAAGUGAAGAGAAAGGAUGACUACCUUGAAUUUUCCUUUGUCGUUUUACUUCAUGAUAUGGUCUCCCAGGAAAUUAUUCCUUGGCAUAUGCAAGUUCUAUGGCAUCCACAGCAUGGAGUGAAAGUAACACAGAACAGCCGUCAGCCAAAGCGUGCAGCUCAAGAUUAGCUACACACCUUCUAUGCUACUCUUAGAGCUUUUUGAAAUAGUUUUAAAGCAACUAUAUACAAAAAAAAUGGUUACACAAUAGGCAUGUCGAGCUUCAAAAAGUCUCCAAUUCUAUGCAUAUUGUUAAAACCAAAACAAACAUAUUGUGACGUUAGUUUGGUGGUUCUUGCUUGUCAGUUAAUACUUACGGUACAGCUGCCAGAAUGCUCUCUCUAAAGGCGACUUUAGGCUUUCCAGUAACACAAGGACAAGCAUAUUCUCUUUCCAUUCGCUGGGUAAAAACAUACACAUUUAUACUGAUUAAAAUAUGCAGCAAAUAUAUUCAACCAAGCUAAAGAAAUCAACAAAUGAAUAUUUAAUGUUAUUUACAAUCAUAUAUGAAACUAAAGCCAAAAUCUGAUUUUUGUUGAGAUUUAUAAAAAAACUAAUAUUAUAUUAUAUAUGCAAGUGCCAACUCUCCUUCAAAGAAGGUAUUUUUAUCCAUAUCCUGUGAAUUAUGAAAAAUGAAUCUUGAAGAAAAUAUUAACUUAGGUCCAACUGCUGAAGUUGAACCACUGCCAUAUAAUUAACAACUUUCUUAUGCCUGGAACCAAUAAACAUAACUAGGCUACAAUAUGCCAAAUUAAAGAAACACUUUCUGGAACCAAAAUGAGAUUCAGUAGUAUAGUUCACCAAAGCACUCUUAAUCCUCACCUGAGCAUAGAUUUCCAGAUGUAGUUCUCCCAUUCCUGAAACAAUGGUCUCUUUGCUCUCCGUAUCAAAAUGUACUCGGAAAGUGGGAUCUUCCCUUGUAAAGCGAUUUAUACCUUUUGAAAACUUAUCCAAAUCAUUCUAGAUUAAAGAUAAUUGUGUAAAUUAAUGUGUUGAAUUUUAACCAUUUCAUAAAAAACUCCCAAAUUGCUGACCAUCCAGUAAAAUUAUUAUUAGUCCAAUAUUUAUUUAUAUUCUGUCACUUUCUCAGUUUAUGAAGCAGUGCAGCUUUACAAGAGUUAAAACAAACGUAGCUAAAAAUUCACCUCAUACAAUGGGUUCACAUAUAAUUUAACUAGUUAAAAACAUAAUCAUUAAUAAGAAAAAAGUAAAUAUACAAUGCAGCAUGUUAUGCAAGGUAACAAAUAUACAAUGCAUCACAUUAUGCAAGGUCCAUUCCCCUUCAGUAGUCAUCUUCAAAAGCAUUCCAGAACAAAGACGACGAAAACUCCACAACCUCAAUAAACUGCUAGAGGCUUAUGCUGGCUUCACAAUCUUUAACUUCUCUCAUUCAAGGCAAUGUUGACAUUAGCAAGGAUGUAAACAACACAGUAUACAUAUGCAUACUUUCUGUUAAAACAUAAAGCCUAGUUAUUGCUGAACAAACUUGGUAAAUGUAGUUAAACCUUGCUUAUUUCUUCUGAAAUCAAACUGCAGUAUUUUUUUCCCUGAACUCUGGAAAUAAUACGAUUUAUAUUUUUAAAACUUCAAACUCUUUACCUUGUUGAUUGGUUUCAUUGCUACUGAAAUGACAGGAUCAGGAACAUGAAUAGAUUCCUGCACAAAACAAAAGAGAUUUAGUAUGGAAUAACUAUUUUGUCAGUAUAAAAAUCUCAAAAUGCUCUUUACAGAAAUCAAUACAUUCAAAUUACUGUGUGCUCAAAAAUUCACUUGUAUGCACAUUCCAUUCAGAAAACAUUCUUAAUAUAUGACCUUGAUAUUUUUUUCUUGCCUGAUGAAUUUGUUCUCCUAUAAAAUCCAGUCUUUUCUAGUAUAAUACAAUAAAUACAAUAAAUCAUGGUUUAUUAAAAGAA